GGCGGGGGUGUAUGGACCUCACUGGUUACGGGACCUACAGGCACCCCGAUUGUGCUCUGCUCUCAUCAUUUUUGGAGGUGAGGACAAAAGAAAAAAGGGGGAAUCGGAAGAAAGGCCCAGGAUCUGAGUGUCGUGACGGGCCCCCCGACUUCGCCGCCGCUGGUCGGGGUUGUCUGGACUCAACGAGGGUGAGGGAAAAGCGGCGGAGCAGUCGACUCUAGACUGGGGUUUCCUGCCACAGCAGCGGGAUUGUCACAAAACAGCCUUUCACUCUUCGAGGGGCCUUGUAUUGCUACGUUUUCAGAGUUGUGAAGGAUUGUGGCCAGUGGCUCCUGAAAAAUGAACGCAUCUGCAUGGAAAUACUGAAGACGAACAGAAAAGUGGAGCUUGAAUUGACUGAACUUGAAGUGGAAUAAAUGGAUUACCCUCCUUUUGGGAAAUUGUUGCCAUGGAACUAGGUAGAAUUAAAUGAUGGUUGACAGAAAAAAACAAAGGUAAGACAGCUAAAUGCUAAAGAUACAGAAGAGAACCAAGGAGACUCUGGCUUCAGAGACAAGGAAAGAAAAAUUACUUCAUAGGGACCAAAGACUUCUACAGUCCAGAUGAAUCAAGAAACUAAAAGAAAUCCACACAAAAUGAAAUGAAGCAGUAUUUGAAAGGGAAUGACCAAGAAAAAGAACCUCACAAAACAUAUCACACUCUUUAUCCAAGAACUGGAGAGAAUAUCAAUGGAGUGUGUGCCUCUGGGAGUGUUUAGUGAAGGUCUGUAUUCAGAUCUCUUGAUUCAAGUUUCUGCAUUUUACGUCUCACACAGGUGUGAGUCAGGUCACGGCAAACUUACACAUGUUGAUGAACUGAAGCUUUGCUGUGAUGAAACACACUCUCAAUGGGUUUAUUGAGAUUUUUUUUUUUUUUUUUUGCACAAGAUGCUAUUGGAUCACAACACAGUUUAAUCCUAGCAUAGCUCUGCUUGCUUGAGCUGGUAUUAAAGCGGCACUUGUACAUCUAAAGACAUCUAAGGUUGAACGCCUCACAUCGUGGUGUGUCAGUCAUUAAUGACAUCAAUGCUUACUCAGUGCCAAACAGCUUCAGCUACAUGGGAAUGACUGUGCACUUUUAAUCUUGUACUUUUUUUCUGCAGUACAAACCUGCUUUAGUACAUAUCUUUUUAUCUUUUUUUUUUAUUCCAGUUUUUAAGGUCCAUAUGUUCAGUUAACUUUUGUAAGUGGAACUACUAUCGUCAAAUUGAAGAUUUUUACCAUUUGGCCUUUUUAAACAUUGCUAAAGUCCUCCUCACCAAGUUUUGUUUUGUUUUGUUUUAUUUUUUUGCUUUUUUUUGUUUUGUUUUUUUUGUUUGUUUUUUUUUACAAAAAGUGAUAACAUCUGCCAUCUAUAAUCCUCUGCUUCAAGUCUUUGGUGGAUUUCAAAAGCAUUUUCUUGUUUGACUGCCAGGCCAUAGACUCACAUUUUUCAUUUAUGGUUACUGCCAUAAGCUUUCCAGUUUCUGAUCACAAACAUUCCCUGGUAUAGACACUGACAGACAUUUCCGUUUUUAAUCCAAACUUGGGGAAAAAAAAAAAAGAAAAUGCAGAAUUUUUCUAACAGUCCAGCUCCCCCCUCCCUCCCCCCUGGGUUCAGUGGGAGGGGUGGAGGAGGACCUCCAUAUCCCUCUCAGCCAGCAGAACCCCAGAUUUCCCCAAGGAUGACAGAUGAUUAUGUAGGGAUGCAACAGCAGAGCCUGCACAGAGGCCAUCACCACCCAAGUCAAGCCAGCCACAUGCUAGCUUACAGUGCUAGAAACAGAGGAGCUGUAGAGCUGCCACCACAGGGUAACAUUCACAGCAGCAGCAGUAACAACCCUUACAGGAAGGAUGCCAUGGAUUAUUAUUUUUCAAUGGGUGGGAAGGACAGGCUCAGAAGAGGGGGCAUGGCAUUUGGUACCGGCUUUGGAUACCCUAAUAUUGAUGGACAUAUACCUCACCAGUACAGGCAUACUGGAUCUGGUGCUGCACCAUCUUCUGGCCUGAUGUCGCCAUAUCCAGUAGAGUAUGGUUCCACUGCUGGUUCAGGUGGAGGUGCUGGUGCUGGAGCCUUCUCUCCUUCUCACCAGUACAACAUGAGUCAGAACCCUGCAAUGCAGUCAGUGCCAAGUUCUCAAAUGCAGCACCGCCAGCAUGGACAGACCUUCCCAUCUGUCCACCAUGGACAGCAGCAUAGAAGCUAUCCUCACUCUGGGCACAGAAUGACCCCUCAGUAUCCGCAUUACUCCCCACAGGGUGGAGCAUCCACAGGGUCAUCAGGAAUGUACAGCCCCCCUCCGCAGAGAUAUCUUGACGGGGCUGCUAGCACCGGGUUUGAUCCCAAAGUCAACAGUUCUCCCACUGUCAGCUCCGGUUCAAACUCAGUCUCUGGUUCAGUUGCUGCUAACAAUGUGGGGUCAAUGGAGAAUGUUCAACAGAGUUACCAUGCUUCAAAUUAUCCUGGAUAUUCCCCACAGACACAUUCACUUCACAAGCAAGCCACACUACAGCAUCGCAACUCCCAGCACAAUUUAGGAGUAGGUUAUGACAACUCACUCAAGAUGCAGCACCAGGGCCCGUCUCCAGGUUCUGUAUAUGCUAAACAUCACCAAGCCUCCAAUCCCAGUAUACCUCAAGGAACAUCAAUAGAAUUAUCCAAAUCUCCGAUGCACCCCAAUGCGCAACAGGCACAAAUUAACCAAAACUUUAGCCCAAUAUCCAACCCCUCCCCAGCUGCCUCUGCAGUGCAUUCUCCUAGUUGUAGCUCCUCUCCUUCUCCUUUGAUGGGUGUCUCAGAGGCACAUGGAAACCCCUCAGGUCAUGGUCCUUCACAUCCUCCUACAUCAAAUCCCCGUAGCAGCCAUGGUCAUGGCAGAUUGUUGCAGACCAUGCCUCAAUUAAGCCCCACACCCAAUUCAAAUAGCAGCAUCAGUAGUUGUGGUAGCAGUGGCAGUCAUAAGGCUCACGCCAUGACUGCAGUCGGGGGAAGCAGUCUUCCUCCAGCAGGGCGCAGCAAAAUUAGUCUGGGCACAGGAAUUGGAUCUCGAGAGGAUGGCUCUUCUGUUUACUCAUCUUCUCCACUUGACAAAAUGCAGGAUGCUGGCCUGAAUAGUCUUAAUGCCUUGAGUUCACAAGUAGCCAAUUUACCCAACACAGUUCAGCACAUGCUCCUCACUGACACAGUGCUUUCACAGAAGAAAGGAAAGGAUGGUGGGCAGAUGCAACAGGGAACACAUAAUGUUCCCCCAUCACAGCCAAGGAGUAGAAAUGCAAGUGCAGCCUCAAGUACAAGCACAGUUAAAGAUGGAAGUGGAGCGGGGGUUGGCGACACUACGAGCUUAGAUGCUGGUGCUGAUGAAGACUCCUCACUAAUGUCCACAGGAGGCUCAACAGGGACCAAGAUGGAGCGAGAUGAGCAGUUUUCUGAGGAGGAACAUGGGAGGGUUAGACAAAUGAGUGGAGCCAGCAGUGGGUCUGAACCCAGUGUUUAUCCCCCCCUGUCUCAGAGUCAAAGCCAACCACAAGUUGGACAAAUGCCAAAUGUUAAAACAGUCACCUCCGAUUCACAGUCAAAAGAGCUAGUUAUUUCUGAAACAAAGACAAUUGAGGCUAAUGCUCCUUCUUCAUCAUCCCCACCUUUUGGAUGUCAGUCUUCAGAGAUUGGCCCACCAUCACAUUCAACACCUCCAGUUUCCUCAUCCCCCUCAUCCACCUCCUCUAGUAUUCCUCCUCCACAGCCAAAUUGUGUCUCAGAACUUGGUUUAACUUAUAAUGACCACAGGGGGGCACAUAGAAAGACAACAGAUGUUAAAAAUGAAGUAAUUAAAAAGGAAAGUGAAGGUGCAGGUGAUGAAUCUGAGAAAUGCAGCAGCCAAAUUCAAGAAGUCAAUACAGCAAAUGGUCAGGACAAAGAAAACAGGUUGCUCACUGCAUCCAAAUUACAAAAUAAUGAGAGAGAAGAAAAGCACACAUUUGAGGAGCAGCAAAGUGCCAGCGGUGUUGGUGUGAUUGUUUCGGCUCGGUCUGAUGGAAGCCACGUUGAAAAAAGCAAGCAAAACCAAGACAACUGCAUAGAAGAAAAACAAUCACAUUCAUACAUAAGAGAGUCCAGCAGCCAUAAUGGGGAAGAAGGUGUAGAUCUUAGUCUCUAUUCUUCCCACCAUCAGAAACCGAAUUUUGGACGGCCUCAAAACCCUCUGCAGCCUGGACCACAGAAAUAUGGCUACCCUGAAUCAACAUAUGGCUCAGAUUUGUCAAUGAAGAACAGAGGGAGGAUGGGCCCAGGGGGUGUAAUAGAAUCAAAUUCCAAAUACUUAGGGUACCAACAAUCACAAACUGGUUUUGGCUCUAUGAAUCUAAAAGAUUCUGGUGCUGAGGCUUUUGGAAAGAGGGGGCAGGGAGCAGCAGCUAAAGGUCAUGAGGAUAAUUCACAAAUGCAGCAAUUUCCAAGUCUUUUGCAAGAGGUUCUUCAAGGUUACAAUUUAGAUAGACGUUACAGCAGACCAGAACAAGCAUAUCCUGCCAAUCUCCCACAGCAGUUUCAAACCAGACACCCAUAUGGUGUGUCUGAAAGUAUGCGGAUGCAAACUGGAGUAACUGAGGCUCAUUCUGUUCAAAUGGGUAGCUCUGGAAAGCCCCCACAUCCAGGCCAGAGGCAUGGAAAUGAGCCUGAUUUUGCCACGGAGUCUCAGUCUUCAGUGAAAUCAGAAAUGUCCAGUACAAAGAUAUUGCAGAAUACUGAAAAAGCCGAAGUGGGUGGGUCCCAAAGUAAUUUAACACAUGCUACAGAAUCUCAGCAACCCCCACCAAAACAUAUAAACUUAGCUGACUAUUCUCUGCCACAGAGAAAAGCGCUGUCUAAUGUCUCCACUCACUCCUCUGCUGUGCAGGAGCUCCUUUUGCAAGAGCCAGAGCCGCUCACAGGCAGCACUGGUCAAACUGAGUCUCAGAAAUCAUCAGGCUCCAUAUUAGCCCCAUCAGAGCGGCGCUCUGUCAUCUGUGAUGUGUCGCCAAACAGACGCAGUACACCAGAGAGGGACAGGGAAAGUGACAGAGAGAGGGAGCGGGAGAAAAGUCAGAGUGGAGCCUCUGUAAUUCAACAGCCAUUUUCCUCUCCAGCAGCAGCCAAUGAUCUGAGUAAAAAGGAUACUGGAGAGAAACAAGUGGUGAAAAUGGAAAUGGCAUCAAAAGAGACUGGCCCAGAUGCAGCAAAUUUACAAAGUGUUCAUCAUGGCAGUGGGGGUGCUAAUGAGCCUGAUUUAGAAUAUCAUUCAAAGUCUGUUCAUUCAACUGUUGUAAUGAAUACUGACCCCUAUAGGCGAGGUAAUGUUGAUGUUGCCCCCUUACCUCAUCCUAUGAGCACUAAUCCUCUGUCCUCACCAUCAAGGCAUCAGUCCUAUCUGCGGGGUGUUGAUUUAUCAACUGGAAAUACCAGUGCUUUUCCUGGCUAUCGAUACGGGGACACAAGAGAUGGCAACAUGAUGCAACGUAACAACCCCCACUUCCCCUCCCACCAUCCAUUCCACAAUUUAUCCCCACAGUCUCAACCUGCAAAUAAAAUGCAGAUGUAUCCUCACCCUCGUGCCCCUCUUCAUCACCCCCAUGAUAUGAGUGAUUGGGUAAAAGCAAUGAAUAGGCCAUCUAAGGACCUAAUGAUGCAGCCUGCGUCCUCUCCAGGAAGACACAAGAUCAGCCAAUCAGAGCAGAGACAGAGGAUGAUCUCGCAAGCAGAUGUGGCAAGUGAACAACAUACAAACAAACCAUCCCUUCAUCAUCAAAGCGCUUACUAUGAUAUGAAAAUGUGGGAAGCAACACACUCCAGCAGAGAUGGGGCAAGAAUUAUAGAAGGAGAAUCCUUCUACAGAACUCAGCCACCUCCUUCUCUUGCUCCCCCUCCCCCUCCUGUAGCUUCACACAACCUGGUCCCUCCACCAGUGAGCCAAGGCACAAAUGCUGCAGAGUCUGAUGUUUCCAGAGGAGGAGCUGCUGAGGAGGCCAAACACCCCUGUUUAAAUCCCCCAUCCAGUGCCACUAAGCCACCAACUGAUGUGAACUCCACUCAACCACAGGUGCAGCAGCGUCAGACUAAAGCUGGGGGUUCUGCAGACACAAAUCCAUUAAUUUUGAGAAGGAGAGUCCGUUCUUUUAUCUCUCCUAUUCCUGCCAAAAGGCAACUCCAGGACGCAUCUCAGCAGAGGGCUGCCACAAAUUCACAUCACUCUCCUGGGGCUCAGUCCGAGUCGAGCCAUCACAAUGAGGAUGACUCAUGCAGUUCAGAUAUUCCAUGUCCCAGGCUGUCUUCCCCUUUGCCCGGAGAGAACACCUACUCACAAGCACUAUCACCAUCAGGUGGUAACGCCAAGGUUUUGCCUACCAGGAAAGGACGAGGUUUGAAACUAGAGGCAAUAGUGCAGAAAAUCACACCAAAUAUUAAAAAGCCAGCAAGCCAUGCUGAUGAGUCAAAUCAUUACCCAGGCUUCUCUCACUCAGAAAUACAACCAUUUAAUGAUUCACAGGACCAAGACUUAGCACAUUUCCCUAGGGUUUCAGGAGGGGAUGAUAGUUACAUGGAUGAAAGCCACUCAUUAAAUGACAUGAUUCCUUUUAGAGGAGUUGAUGAGGCUGGGCCUUUGCCCCCAUCGGCCUAUCCAUGUGAUCCUCAUCAGACAUCUCAAGCCAUCAAACAACAAGACUUUGACUUUGGAUUAGCAGCCGCUGUGGGAUCAGCAUCUGGUGACAAGGAAGAUUUUGCAUUACUCGGACCUUUACCACCUCCUCCACCUCUUCCCCGCCCAGUCCAGGGUUCCCCACCCCCGUCCUCGUCUGCCCUGUCAGACAUUCAGCACUUCACCAACACGUAUCAGCAGCUUGAGACACGAAGAGGAGAGCAGUCUGCCGCUAACCUUCUUCGACAGAAACUUCAAGAAUCUGGCAUUGGAUUUGAUGAUUAUCCUGGCAGUGAUUAUUAUGGAACCACCCCGCCCCAUCACAGCCAGGUUCAAGGACACAUGCUGAACAGACAACAUCAGAUGUCAUCCAGUAGGUCCAGUCUGUCCCCACAGGAUUCAAAGCCGCCGGAGAGUAUUGUGCCAAAAGGCUAUUUCCCAUCUGGCAAAAAGAAGGGCAGGCCUGUGGGAAGCGUGAAUAAACAAAAACGGGCUCAGAAUCAAGCCCAGACUCAGGCACAGACUCUGUCUCAAGCCCAGACUCAAGGCCAGACUCAGACAGCAGUUCUUAGCACUCCACCUGCCCCGCCCACCCCGACUCCAGCAGCUGCCAUGAGCCCACAGACGGUGCAGCCAACCAGCAGCACCCCACCCUCUGCUGCACCCCCUCUGCUGGACAAGAAAAACACUCCUCCACUUGCCCCGCCUGUUUUAACACAGGUAGUCAAAGUGGACUUGGAGAGUGAGGACACACAACCAGAGGCCGAGGUCAAACCUGUGCGGCGAAGACGCAGAGGUGUGAAAGACGAAGACGAAUCGCUAGAAGGAAGAGGACAGCAAAGGAGGAGGAGGAGGAGAGGAGCAACGGCAGCAGCAGCACCAGCACCACCAGUGGCCAAAGAUGACCCAGAUCUACCUUUAGGGCCAGGAGGGAGUCUAACUAACAGAGCAUUCGUGGAUCCAAACAGAAAAGGCCUGUUUGUUCCACACAUACAUGUAGAGAAAAAAAUCCCAGAGAUUGGGGCAGUGUGCACCAUUGUAAAUGCAGAAGAGGACAAGAUGAAAGGAGAGCGGAGUGCAGUUGGAGGGAAAGCUGGCGGGAGUGGAAUUGAUUCUCUCCUGACCUCAGCUCUUUCUUUCCAGUUAUCUAGGAGAGACAGAGAAUCUGAGAAAAGAGAGACAGAUGAGGUGGAAACUACACUUCAGUCGGGAAAAGCUCUUCCUUCAUCUGGUUAUGUUGUUUCAGGCCCUGUGAUUACAGAGACCAGUCACUCUGGCAGACUGCUUUGCUGCUUGUGUCAGAAAUGGGCAAAUUACAAACACCUCGGAGAUCUCUACGGGCCUUUCUAUCCAGCUGAAUACGCUGCAAAACUCCCCAAGAACCAGCCGCAGGUCAGACAGUGUCAGGCAACCGCAGGCACAAACAAAACAGGACCAAAUUCAGACACAAAUACUCCGAGCUCUAUCCAAGACACACAAACACAAGAGGGUCAGUUUGCCAAGCCCUCAUCUGAGAGUGACUAUGCUAUCAGCCUGGAUUCCAACCCAACAUCUCUCACCAUGACAGUCGCAACUGCCUCUCCAGCUGGAAGGGAGGAAAUGAUGAUGCACGUGGCUGGCGCGCUCAGUAACACUGCCUCGUCUUGCUCCUCCUCCUCCUCCUCUUCUACUACCAGUAAAACAUCAUCUCUAAGCUGGGACAUGAAUAUAGAUAGCAGACCCAUCCCUGAGCUCAAGAGAGAGUCAGACCUUGAAAGCGAGCAGAAAGAGCAGCAGCAGCAGAUUCCGCUUCCACCACCACCUGUAGACGAAGCCCAGCAACGGCCUCAGCACAGAAAGCUCACUUCACACCCCCGCUUUAAAAGGAGGCACAAAUCUAGUGAGGAUUCCCCCAGGAUGGUGCCUUCCAACAGCAAGGCGUCCCUCCCCUUCCAGCCCCCUCCACCGGCCUUAGACUCCCUGGGACCUCUGGCCCAACUUGCCCAGCUGCCUCAGAUGCCCAUGGAUCCAGAGGAGCUGUGGGUGCACGAAGGAUGCAUAGUGUGGACCAGUGGAGUGUACCUUGUUAAUGGGAGACUGUACGGCCUGCAGGAGGCACUAGAUGGAGCCAGAGAAACAUGCUGCUCUCAUUGUGAGAUGGUUGGCUCAACCCUGGGCUGCUACAGUAAAGGCUGUACACUUAGCUACCACUACCUUUGUGCGAUUGAAGCAGACUGUUCUCUGAACGAAGAUAACUUCUCGCUGCGGUGUCCGAAGCACAAGGUAAAGAAGGAGAGUUUACCCAAAGCAUCCGGCCAGCCAAGCCAGUGUACCUGGAACAGUCAGAGAGAGGCUGAGCAAAACAAAGAGGAAGAGGACAAACAGGAGUCUGGGAGCUGUAAGUUUGGACAGCAGAAGAGCGACAAGUGAUUAGUUUGCGACGCAGCCCCCAAACGUGAAAAGGAUACGACUGGCAUCUGCGACGGAGAAUAACAAAAGGGAAUGUAUAAUUUCUCAACAGGAAUUAGCAUCAUUUACAUUUAAGACAAUGGAGAAAAGAAACCUUUUUUUUUUCCCCUAAGAGAAUUAUCGCUCUAUACCUAAAAACAGAAAAAGAAAAAAAAAAAAAAAGGACAUGCAACAUAGAGGAACGGAACUACAAGAAAAAAAUAAUUCUACAAAGAUCAAAGUGGAAUAAAAUGGGACGUCGAGACAAGACGGAGGAACUAAAAGAACUUUUUUUGUAAAGAACAAAAGAAUCACACUUCCUCUCUAGGCUCACUUUGAUUUUGCUGAGAUUCCCUCAAAGUGUUAAACUCUUGUUUAUCAUCAUCUGUAUUAUCAUUUAUCUUUUUUUUUUCCCCUCCAGGUUUUCUGUUGCUUGUGUAUCGGGAGCCUGUUGGUUAUCAAACCCAGAAAAAGAAAACGAUGCGAUGUUUGUAUCCUCUCAAAAUGAGUAUUAUCUUACCAUAUUAGGAUGAUCACAGUUAUUAUUUUAGUCCUCAUUAUUAUUUUGUAUCCUCAUCAGUAUUUACUCAUCGAAAUGAAAUGGAUGUAUCUCACUUUAUAUUCAUGAUUGGAUUUUCUGUUUCAUUCCUGGAGAGGGAGGAACCAGAGCGAUGAUUUCAGGGAAUGUCAGGGUCGAGUUUGCCACAAAGACAUUAUUGCCUUGGAGAACGGACAUCUGUUGCCUUUCAAAACGUCACGUGUAUGAGUGAGAAGCGAGUGUGUGUGAAACUGAACAAAAAAAAAACAAAACGACAAAAAAACGUUGCAGAUAUCUGGGUCUUUGAUUCCAUUUUGGUCCUUUUGAAAAGUGUUCUUAUUUUUCAUCAUCGGGGUUUUUACGGUACAGAUCAUGAAAAAUCAGAUGGACACAAUCUUAUUUUUCAAGUACAAUUGUUCGUAAUGUGCAAAGAGAAGGACGAAACAGGCGGCGAUAACACUACGGACUAAUGCCCGUCUGAUAUCUUGGACCGUUCGGACUGGGAAGGAAGAUGGAGGACGGGACUUUGGACAGUUGUCAUGGGCGUGGAAUCGUGUACAAGGCGCACACAUCCACACAUAGGAAGCUAACGUUUUUCAACUGGCGUCGGUCCCUCGGACAGCGAUGACACGUUUUCAGAACUUUGUGGAGAGGAUGUCAUACAAACUAACGGCUGUGAGUGGCCAACUGUACUGCCCGGCAGGGGGUAGGGGUGGGGUGGGGGCGGGGAAUACGCCUAACCACGUACUUUUGAAUGGUUUGACACGCAAAUGACACGAUCGGGAGAUGCAAAAUCCAUUCAAAAGAAGCAUUGCCAUAAAACUUAAAAGUGAGUCGUACAUGGUGUUGUCUUUAUCAUUUUUUUAUUGUUAUUCUUGUAAAAAAAAAAAAAUUAAGGUCAAGCUGAAAGAAGACAGUUACACUAUCAAAACCAUGCUGUAUUAGAAACUUGUCAAUAUGUAUAUGAAUUAUGAAUACACUUAAAAAAUGCUUCA